UCUUGGCUUCUUGAAUCUUCCUUCAGCUUAUCUUCAGUUCCUUGAGCUACAAGUGUAACAACGUGUAUUCCAAGAACAAAACAAACCCUAGAUCUCGACAAACACCAUCGAUCCUGCCGUGCCACCAUGUAAUUUGCAAUAUGGGUAUCCUUGUGCCAUCAUUUGAAUUCCACCCAUAUUCUAAUUCACCAGGCACAUAUAUGUAUUAGAUCGAACGCAAACAUCUUCAACUUCGAGGAAAAUUUUCGCCUUCCAGUCUGUCUUUUACUCACACUACCACAAGUCCCAUCUAGCUAGAGAGAGAUGAACUGCAUACCAAGUACUGGAUCAUCUCCCAUGAAAGGGGGGGAUGGACCGUACAGUUACACUCACAAUUCUUCAUUUCAGAGACAAGGGGUGGAGACCGCCAAGGCGUUGAUCAAUGAGGAUAUCGCCGAGAAGCUUGAUAUAAAUGAACUCAUUUCUUCCUCUUCAUCUUCUUCAAAAGUAUUCAGUAUUGCGGAUCUGGGAUGUUCUGUUGGGCCUAACACAAUCAUUGUGGUGGAAAACAUUAUGGAUUCUGUGAAGCUCAAGUACCAAUCUUUUGGCCCCAAUAAUCAAGGAGCUCUGGAAUUCCAAGUGUUCUUUAAUGACCUUCCCUCAAACGAUUUUAACGUGCUGUUCAAGUCUCUUCCUUCUUCUGACAGGCAAUACUUUGCGGCUGGUGUACCAGGCCGUUUUCAAGUUCGCUUGUUUCCCAAGGCAUCUCUCCAUUUUGUCCACUGCUCGUAUGCGUUGCACUGGCUCUCAAAGAUUCCAAAAGAGUUGGUGGAUAAAACCUCACCUGCGUGGAAUAAGGGGAGGAUUUGCUUUACCAAUGCCUCGAAUUAUGUUAGGGAGGCUUACUCUACUCAGUUUGGCAAGGACAUGGAGUCCUUUUUGAAUGCCAGGGCACAAGAGCUUGUCUGUGGAGGGCUCAUGGCCCUUACCAUACUAUGUCUUCCGGAAGUGAUUUCCGGGAAAUGUUUGGCCUUGGGACUUAAUGAUCUUUUGGAAGCUUGCCUCAAUGAAAUGGUCGAGGAGGGAGUGCUAAGUGAAGAUAUGGUGGACUCCUUCAACCUCCCACAAUACUACGCAAGUAAACAAGAGGUUGUCAGUUUGAUAGAGAGAAAUUUGUGCUUCAGCAUCGAAAGAAUGGAACCUUUAGUCCGUCCUCCAAGGAAUGGAAUGGCUCCCAGUGUCGAAAGUACGAUCUCGGCCUUUAGAGCAGUUGCGGAAGAACUUCUUGUUUCCCACUUUGGAAAUGAUAUCAUUGAUGAGCUGUUUGGUCGAUUCAAGAAGAAAGUUGUUGAGUCCUCCAUCUUGUCAAAAUCUGCAGACAAUCCAGGGAUGCUUGAAUUAUAUGUCCUUCUCAAGCGCAAAGUAGAUUAAUCAAUAAUCAUGAUGUUUUUUUUUGGGGUUGUUUGGGGUUUGAUAUUAAUUAUGUCCUACCUUUUGCUUCCUGCGUAUAAAUCCUGUAUCAAAUGUAUCAUGAUUUAAAUAUUUCUGUAUUUGCUAAA